UGGGCUGAAUCCCAGCUGGAAUAGCAGGGCACAGCGUACAGAAACGGAAGAAAAUGCAAUCGCUGACUGGAAACUGAGGCGAGGAGUGGCGUACUGUAAGCUACUGUAGUGCAACAAGCGGCAGCGACAUUGUAGCUAGGGCGGGUACAUAUGCUCCGCUCACCUAGCGCCCGUGCACCCAAAAGCGAAGCGGCCCUGAGCACCGCCACCUCCAUUGCUUGUGAUUAGAGCGGGGCCGUCCGCUGCUCACACUUAUGUCCCGCAAAGCCAGCGACAAUGUGGAGUACACGCUGCGGAGCCUGAGCAACCUAAUGGGGGAGAAAAAAAGGAGGAAACAUCAACAGGAGGAGACGGCUGGGGAGAGGAGUCUCAUAGCCUCCGCCGAGUCCUGCGCGAGUGUCAAUAGCCAGGGGACCGGCACAACAGCCGCCGCCGCCGGGGACUUGGAGCGAGCGGCCCGCAAGCAAUUCCAGCAGGAUGUCACUCCGACUUUUGUAUAUGUCGUGUCCGUGUUCUCGGCCCUCGGGGGCUUCCUGUUCGGCUAUGACACUGGGGUUGUUUCGGGGGCCAUGCUGCUGCUCAAGAGGGAGAUGAACCUAUCGGCUCUAUGGCAGGAGCUGCUGGUCUCCAGCACGGUGGGGGCAGCGGCAGUGUCAGCUCUAGCAGGCGGCGGAUUGAACGGAGUUCUGGGUCGCAGACCCUGCAUUCUCAUGGCCAGCCUUCUGUUCACCGCCGGAGCCGUGAUCUUGGCUGCUGCCCGCGACAAGGAAACGCUGCUAGGGGGACGCGUGGUGGUGGGACUCGGUAUCGGUAUUGCAUCUAUGACAGUACCAGUGUACAUUGCAGAAGCAGCUCCACCCCAUUUGAGAGGAAGACUGGUUACCAUUAAUACACUCUUUAUCACAGGAGGACAGUUCUUUGCUGCAGUGGUGGAUGGAGCAUUUAGUUAUCUUGCAAGAGAUGGCUGGAGGUAUAUGCUUGGUCUUUCAGCUGUACCUGCAGUUCUCCAGUUCCUUGGGUUUCUUUUUCUUCCAGAAAGUCCACGUUGGCUUAUUCAGAAGGGCCAAACACAAAAAGCAAGAAGAGUAUUAUCUCAGAUUCGUGGAAAUCAAACUAUUGAUGAAGAAUAUGACAGUAUAAAAAACAGUAUUGAUGAAGAAGAGAAGGAAGGAGGAACAGGCGGACCUAUUAUUUAUAGAAUGCUAAUAUAUCCUCCAACUCGACGUGCACUUAUUGUUGGCUGUGGGUUGCAGAUGUUUCAACAACUGGCGGGUAUCAACACAGUAAUGUACUACAAUGCUACCAUAUUGCAGAUGUCCGGUGUGGAGGAUGACAGACUUGCUAUUUGGCUUGCUGCUGUUACAGCUUUCACUAAUUUUAGUUUUACACUACUCGGGGUAUGGCUAGUUGAAAAACUUGGCAGAAGAAAACUCACACUCGGAAGUCUCACAGGUACCACAGUUGCCCUUUUUGUCCUCGCUUUGGGUUUCUUAUUGUCUGCUCAGGUAUCACCACCUGUUACAUUUACGCCAGGUGAUCCUUCAGGUCAGAAUUCUACUUGCACAAAAUACAGUUAUUGUAACAAAUGUAUGUUAGAUCCCAACUGUGGGUUUUGCUUCAAGAAGAAUGGUUCAAGUGUAGUUGACUCUUCAUGUGUCCCUGUUAACCCAGAAUCUACUGACAGAGCUGCAUGGGGAAGAUGUAUGAAUGAAAGCAGAUCCAAAGCAGAGGGCUCCAUUUGGGCAUAUAAUUACUGUCCCACGCCAUACUCUUGGACUGUACUUGUAGGCCUCAUUUUGUAUCUGGUCUUCUUUGCACCUGGAAUGGGGCCAAUGCCAUGGACUGUGAAUUCUGAAAUCUACCCUCUGUGGGCAAGAAGUACAGGAAACGCCUGUUCCGCUGGAGUGAAUUGGAUUUUUAACGUUCUGAUUUCACUCACAUUCUUACACACGGCAGAGUUUCUCACAUACUAUGGAGCAUUCUUCCUAUAUGCAGGAUUUGCAUGUGUGGGACUCAUAUUUAUUUAUGGAUGCCUUCCAGAGACUAAAGGGAAGAAACUGGAGGAAAUUGAAUCUUUAUUUGAAAGCAAGCUGUAUGCCGAUAGAAUGUGGCACCGACUCUUCUAGUAGAACGUGUGCUGGGCGAUUUUGCCAUUCGACUGGUGACACAUUAAAACCCCAUUCUGAUGGCUGCUGCAAAGGUUUAUUAUGUUUAACAACAGAAAGUUUUGACUCUGUUUCCCAUUACGCAAUGUAAAUGUUGCAGUGAGAAGUGAAGCUGAUUUCAUGGCUGAGCGAUUGGGGGGCACACGUGGAUGAACACAGGAAAGCGACAGAACUGAUCAGCAUUUGUAAGAAAUUAUAAACACUUUUCUCAAUGGAUCAGCAACAUUUAUACAAAUGCAAAAUCCAUGCUAAUUCUGACAAAUGUAUUUUGAUAAAGUGCUCUGUCCAACCCUUUUUCAAGGGUUUUAUACAAAUGUUGCUGUUUUUUUGUUUUUUAAUGAUUUAUGUUUGUGAAACAUGUUAACAUGUGUAUAAAUAGACAUGUGUAUGAAUAAAAGUGAUUAUUUACAUUA